ACAAUGAAUAUCGAAUAUUUUCAGGAGGGCUUGGAUUGUCUAAUGUACUGCGGCCAGAAAUUGAGUCCAGAGCAAAAAGUUUUGUUAGAGAACUCUCUGAUAAUUUUGCAAAAUGAAAAUCGCUUCACUGGCAUAUACUUUUGGGGACGAAUCAAUGGCGUCAAAAACGAUUAUUAUAUCGCGUUUGGAUAUAUUAAGGAUUGCCUUAAAGAUCGUAAAUAUUUUUAUAGCUUGGAUGGAUUUCAAUGGUUAAUGUUACCCUUUAUAAGUGGCCCGAAAAUAUUUCAGGCUGCUAUACUUUGCCCCGAUCCCUUCUAUGGUGAUCCCAGUCUUUUAAUUACGGUAAAAUUGGAUCCCACUUUCGAAGUUGAUACUAAUCAAGUAAUAUCUGCCAGUUUACCGGAAUUGGUUAGAAUUAAGGAAGAGGAUCGCUUGGCGGCCAUUGUUUUCAUUAUCACCGAGGAAUGUGGAAUUUGCCCGAGAGGUGCCCUAUACAAGCUUACUGACGGACGUAUCGUACCGAAUCAAAUGUUUCGGGGACUAAAUGAUUUGCAAUGCGAAGAUUUUUCUUAUUAUCAAAUAUUUCGUUUACCACGCAACGACCUUACGCUAAACUUAUCGAAGCGAAGUGAUUACAACUAUCCCAUUGACUUUUUAGAUUCUGUUGACUGUGUUGUGCCCAUGUCUAAAGCAUUCUCCUUAAAUUUGCAACGUAAUGAGCGCUUGGUGGUAAUUAAGUCAUGCAUUUGGUUGGGCAUGACAUUCUUUCACAAAAUCAAUUCGCAUAAAUAUGGGUUCCUUUACAUUGGAGAUGGAAAGAAGAAUUACGAUUUACUUUUUAUGUUGUAA